AUGCCUCCUAAGAAUAGAAAAUUUGAAUGUGGAAAUGAUAAACGUAAGAAAAAGAAAAAAAUUGAAGAGUUAAUUCAAUCUCAAGUAGGAGCUCUUGAUAAAUUUUUAAUCAAAGAACCGCAAGUUUCAAAUGAAAGUCGUUAUGUUGAUAAUAUUGAUAGUUUGCCUAUUGGAAAUGAUAAUCUUGAUAGUGUGCCUAUUGAAAAUGAUAAUCUUGAUAGUGUGUCCACUGAAAAUGAUAAUCUUAAUACUGUGUCCAUUGAAAAUGAUAAUCUUGAUAGUGUGCCAAUUGUUGAUGAAGUUAAUAAUGAUGAUGAUGAUGCCGAUGAUGAUGAUGAUAAUGUUGAUUAUGAUAUAUUUGAUCCAAGAAAUUGGGAUCGUCUUCAACCUAAACUGAUUGAUUUAUUAGUUGUGAAAGGUCCUAAAAGAGAUAAUUCUAUUGUGAAGGGUCCUAGAGAUAGUUUGAAUAGACGUUUUACGGCUAAUUUGGGACAAUUAGCAAAUGAGGGUUAUAGUGAUUGGGUACAUGUUGGUGAAAGAAUUAAAGAGCACGAGUUAGGCAUGGAACAUGUUAAAAAUAUGACUACUUGGUAUGAAUAUCGCAAAAGGCUGCAAAAAUUUCAAACUACUGAUAAAACAACUCAAAGAUUAAUUGAGAAAGAAAAUGAUCAUUGGAAAAAUGUUUUAAAAAGAGUUAUUUCAAUAGUGAAAUUUCUUGCUAAACAUAAUUUAGCCUUUCGUGGUUCUAAGGAGAAAUUGUACGAAGAUAGCAAUAGAAACUUUUUGGGUUUGAUUGAAAUAUGA